CAAAACCCUCUGGAAGGAGAGCACAGGGAAGCUCUCCGAGUAGCCACGACAUUCCGGACCAAAAUUAUCUUUUCUACCACACAUAUUACGUGUUAUUCUCCGAUCUCAACAAGCGAGGUAACGUGAAAUAGGAGUACGGAUUAAUAAUCACCUUUCAAGCCCGCCAGCUCAUGGAAUAUUUGCGCUGAAACAGAAGAUUCCUGGGAACUCCGGAGCAAGGCAAGGAAGGAAGGAAAGAAAGAAACAACGAACGGGAUUAACAAAAAAGUCCACUGGCGGGUGAAAGCGAGCAAAAGCCCGUUCUGGAGGGGCAUCAGGGGAGCCCCUGCACUGGAUGACCGCCGUCCACUUCUCCCCAGCGGUCUGCAAUGGGGGAGACUAAAGUUAUCUACCAUCUCGACGACCAGGAAACUCCAUACCUGGUCAAACUGCCCAUCCCUGCCGAAAGGGUCACCCUUUUGGACCUGAAAAAUGCUCUCAAGAAACCAAAUUACAAGUUUUUCUUUAAAUCAAUGGACGAUGACUUUGGGGUGGUCAAGGAAGAAAUCACAGACGACAAUGCAAAGCUUCCCUGUUACAAUGGCCGUGUGAUUUGUUGGCUGGUGUCAUCAGACGGCUCCCACUCAGAUGGAUGUUCAGUAGCAGAGAGUCAGUCUGAGCGGCCGCCAUCUCACGAGAGAAGCCAAGGCAUUGGAGAUUCCAGACCCCCAUCCUUCCAUCCAAAGGCUGCAGGCAGCCGGCAUGGUGUGGAUGAUGAGACGGAGACCGAUUCGGUUGUGUCACACAGGAGAGACAGAGACAGGGACAGAUCGCGGAGGAAACACUCACAUGAGCACUCUGGAGGAAAGCAGAAUGGCUACUCGCGGGGAGGCAGAGGCAUGGAUCUGGGAGGCUAUGACAUCUGUGACAGCCGUUCCUCCCUCAUGAGCAGUGAACUGGAAUCGAGCAGCUGUUUUGACUCGGAUGACGGCUCCACCAGCCGUUUCAGCAGUGUUACAGAGCAAAGUGGCUCAUCCAAACUAAUGACAAAAAAACCCCGGCGGCGGAGGCGCAAGACCAGAGCCCAGCAAAUGGAAAGGUCUUCAUCAUUCAGUAGCAUCACUGACUCCACUAUGUCCCUGAAUAUCAUCACUGUCACUUUAAAUAUGGAGAAGUAUAACUUUCUGGGCAUCAGCAUCGUGGGUCAGAGUAAUGAGCGGGGUGAUGGAGGAAUCUACAUCGGCUCCAUAAUGAAGGGUGGAGCAGUGGCGGCUGAUGGGCGGAUCGAGCCCGGUGACAUGCUGCUGCAGGUGAACGACAUCAACUUUGAGAACAUGUGCAACGAUGAUGCCGUGCGAGUGCUGAGGGAGAUUGUGCACAAGCCUGGACCUGUAUCGCUUACUGUGGCCAAAUGCUGGGACCCAAACCCUAACAGUUGCUUUGCUUUGCCGAGGAGUGAACCCAUCCGGCCUAUUGACCCUGCAGCCUGGGUGUCCCAUACAGCAGCCAUGACGGGUGUCUAUCCUCCCUACGGCAUGAGUCCAUCCAUGAGCACAGUCACCUCCACCAGCUCCUCCAUUUCCAGCUCCAUCCCCGAGACCGAGAGAUUUGAUGACUACCACCUGUCCGUCCACAGCGACAUGGCAACAGUUGCAAAAGCAAUGGCCUGUCCAGACUCGGGAUUGGAAGUUCGAGACCGAAUGUGGCUGAAGAUCACUAUAGCCAAUGCUUUCAUAGGUUCGGAUGUGGUGGACUGGCUUUUUCAUCAUGUGGAGGGGUUCACAGAUCGCCGUGAAGCACGAAAGUAUGCCAGCAACCUGUUGAAGGCUGGCUUCAUCCGCCACACGGUCAACAAAAUCACCUUCUCAGAGCAGUGCUACUACAUCUUUGGAGAUCUUUCUGGCAACAUGGCCCAUCUCUCUCUGCAAGACCACGACGGGUCAAGUGGAGCAUCUGAUCAGGACACUCUUGCUCCUUUGCUUCACCCUGCUGAAGCUCCCUGGCCCGCAGCGUUCCCGUACCAGUACCCAGCAGCCCAUUCACACCUGGAGGAAGCUGGAGGAGGCAGCGCAGGCAGUCAGCAAAGUGAAGGGAGCAGCGGUUCAAACUGCAGCUGGAGCAGGACUGAGGGCAAAACCGCAGCCGGAGACUUCAGGUUAGGAGGCGGAAGCGAAAUGGGUGACGCUCACGAGUUUGACUUCCGCCGAGACCGAGCACCCAGCGAACGCUCGGGCGUGCCCCCCAGCGAGGGCAGCGUGCGGAGCUCUCGGUCUCACAGCUACAGCCUGAAGCAGGGGUCUGCACGAGGUGGCCCGGGGUCACCAUCCGGCCGACAUCUUGCCCACAUUCCCCCUGAACUCACUGGCUCUCGCCGCUCCUGCAACACAGCCAACGGGGAGUUCUUCGUCGACAUCAUGUGACUUUACCCAGCAGAAGUGCCCAAACUAUUCUUUGCCUUAUGGACGAGAAAAAAAAGAAAGAAACGUGGCCAACUAGAGCAACCGAUUAGAAUUAGGUUUAGUGCUGAUCUAAAAAAUCAGUAGCUUGUGAGCCCCGACAUUACUUAGGCCUUAGAAAUUAGUCUACUAAAGCAUAAGCAAACGUCACUUACAAUAACAAAACAACGUUGAACGCGAAAUCACCUCGCGGAGAAAUUCAAAUAGGAAUAUUUCCUCUGACAGAUGAAAAAAAGGGGGGAUUUUUGAGAGAAAUAGCAAUAAUUCAAUGGGAUUUAGCUGCAGCGCUACAUGGUGUAAGGAUUCAUGGUGAAUGUAGUCCAACCGUGGACAUAAACGUCAAACUAUAAAGAGAAAUUUGAGUGCUUAUUAACUUUUUUUUGCCCUCUUUUAACAUUUGUACUCUCGGUAAAUGUCGGAUAUGUCGUUGUUCAUGCGAAUCGAUUUUACUGAGAAUAUAUUUUUCAGUGUUUGUCAGCAAUAUUGUAUUGGGAGAAUUGUUUUGAAGUACCAUGUUAAGGAGAGUUCUUUUUUUAAUUUAUAAAUAUAGUUUUAUUGUGACAUGCUUGGAGUA